GCUCUUCACAGGAAGGUAACAUAUUGAAUAUUUAACUAUAGUAUUGUGCAGCUGUGAUAACUCAACUCUAGGUAGCUAGGCAGAUUGAUUAAUUAAUUUUUCCAAGGUGAAGCAUACAAGUUAUUUUGACCAGAAAAGUCCAAGGGUUUGUGAGGAUGGCUGCUAGAUUUGGAGCCAAAAUAGUAGCAUUUGGUGUUGUUGGAGCAGAUGAUUUUGCUGAAGUAAUUUUUUAUUAUGGUGAUCAAACGAAGAUACCUUACUUUAGGGAUUUUAUAGAAGAUUUGACAGAAGAGGCUGUGUUAUUGAGGAAUGAAGGAGAUGGCGAGGUGUCAAACCAACAACUUUAUACUAACCAUGACUGGCACCAAGGUUUCCAGGAAUAUAUUAUUUUUAUUUUGGGAAACCAAUUGAAACCCAAGGAAGAAAGCAAGAACUGAAAGAUAGGGAGAAAUGUUAUCAACUGUAUUUAUAUAGAUGCAUUGCUUAAUUGAAGCAGAAAAGAGAAGAUCCAUACAAGAAUAUUGUACCCUGGCUAAUGCACCAGGCCACACAUGGUUCCAACUCUCAAGCUCCUUCCUUUGACCUUUAAUCUUGUUAUUGAGUGGUGUUGAAUCUCCUGGGAGUAACUUAACAAGUACUCGUAUAACUUGACACCGAUUAAAACCUUAAUAUGGAU